AAAAAAAAUAAAUUAAAAAGAAAGCAAAAACAAUAAGUAUUGAUUAUUAAAAAUAGCAAAUAGAUAAAAAGUUUGCAGAGCUAACCUCACAGCACCCACCACCCACCACUAAUUUAAAAUUCCGUUAUGAAGUCGCUGCCGCAGUUGCUGCCAACGCCGUCGUCGACGCUGCCGUCGCUGGAAUUUCAGCGUCGCAAGCUGCGCGCGGUACUGAAUAAAUUAUCACUGUCGGAUCAACUGGAGCUGUAUCGAUACCAGCAGGAGCUGCGUCCGGUCUGCGAUCACAUGUGGCGCAAGCAGCACAAGCGCCUGGACUUUCGCAGCGUGGAGCGCAAUCUGCAGGGCGAGCCGCUGAGCUAUUUUCUGAAUCGAAUGAGUGAGAACUAUCGCUACGUUUACUUUACGGCGGAUCGUCUGCAGGAGAAUCUCAAUGUGCUGGAGACUGCGGGCAUCAAGGCGUUGAGCAAUGUGAAGCACUGCGAGCUAUUUCUGUCGCAGAAGGCGGAGCAGAAGCCACCAAAGCCAGAGGAUGAGCAGCAGCAGCCGCUGCAUGUGAUGCUGCCGCCAUCGGCGUCUCAGUGCGGCGCUGGCGAUGCGGGCUUGGGUCGAGCACCGGGACCGGGACGCGUGGUCGGGCUGGCGGCGGUGCUGGGUGGUGCAAUGAUGCCGCAGUGGCCGCUGCAUGCGCUGCCCAAGAUGCUGCGCAAUCUGAAGCGAUUGAAGGUGCACUGCGAGGUCCAGGUGCACUUCAUCGAGCAGUUUCCCAUGCUGGAGCUGCUCGUGCUGCACGGCGAGAUUGCCCAAUCCGCACUUACCGGCAUUCUGGAGCGCUGCAAGAAACUCAAACGUCUGUUCAUCAAAGCGCCCAGGCCGCCCAGCCAUCUGCAAGGCAUUGCCAGCUGCCGACGUCUGCAGGACAUCAGUCUGCCCUUGGUGCUGUUCAAUCAGGUCAGCGAUCAGAUCAUGCCGCUGCCCAAUCUGCAUCUGCUCGAGCUUCACUUUGGCACCCUGGCGCACUCGCCGCCACUGCUCAUCGAUAGCAUGCGCUAUGUGCUCCAGCACAGCUCCAAGUCGGUGGAAAUCAUGCAGCUGAAUUGCAAGCACUUCGAGAGUCCCUAUUGGAUGCGCGAAGCGGGCUUGGACUGCUGCCGGCAGCUGCAAGGCUUAGUGCUCUACAAUUGCCGCUUCGACGAUCGCGAGAUCAGCGAGCUCAACAUGCCGCGCGUCGAGAGUUAUCUGGUGCUCAGCAACUGCCCGGAUCUCAAGGAGUAUCAGCUCAUCGAUAUCGUUAAGCGCUGCUCGCGACUCAAUGAGCUCUACCUGAUCGAUUGUCCGCUGCUGAGCGGACGCAUCCUGCAAGGCAUCUACCGCAUUCGCCAGAGCGAGAAGAUCGACUAUCCCAUCAACAUAAUUCUCAGUCACUGCGAUGCCAUUAGCAAGGAAUAUCAGGAAGCGUACACCGACUACUGGCAGUUUAAGCUAGACGUCUUGAAGCUGGACCGACUGCUGCGCGAGCAUCAUAUCAUGGAGGACUUGCAGAUAUUCUUUCACAAAAACCAAACGGAUAAGUCAUAGCUUUGUAAUAAAUAAAUUAUAUUUCUAACUAGCUGACAACCCAAAUCGAAGGCCCCCAGAACAGACCCAAACACACAAAAUAGUGCCGCAUAAUAAACUUUGUUGUCAACUCA